AUGUUCACCAAAGCUCUCUCGCUCGCUUUAUUAGCAGCCGUCAACAUUGUUUCGGCUGCAGAUAUGCCUACCAUUUCUGCCGUCGGAGCCAAAUUCUUCUUCUCCAAUGGAACACAAUAUUACAUCAAAGGCGUUGCCUACCAGCUUACCUCCCUCGACCCUCUCACCAACGUGACUCAGUGUAUGCUCGACGCUGCCUCGAUGGCAGACCUGGGGGCCAAUAGUAUACGUGUCUAUCACGUAGACUCGACUGCCGACCAUGAUGCAUGCAUGAGUGCUUUUGCCUCCUACGGCAUAUACCUCUGGCUCGAUCUGGACACCUUUGAUUCCCAAUUCAACCAGGCAUUACCAGCCUGGAACCAGACUCAACUCUCCGCCUUUGAAGAUGUCUUAGACGAGUUCCAGCAGUAUGACAAUCUAGCUGGGGUCUUCGUCGCUAAUGAGGCUUUGACCUUGCUCAAUGGCUCCGACACCGCUCCUUUCGUCAAAGCUGCCAUCCGAGACGUCAAGGCUUACAGACAGUCAAAGAACUACCGUGAUAUACCUAUUGGCUACUCUGGAGCUGAUAUCCCAAGCCUCCGGCCCAUGCUUCAGAACUACCUUGCAUGCGGUUCAGAUCCAGCAGACUCGGCCGACUUCUUUUCUCUAAACGUCUACGAAUGGUGCGGUCAAUCCUCCUUUGACGGCAGUGGCUACAACGAGCUCGUCCAAAACGCAACCGGCCUUCAGAUCCCCAUCUUCAUCUCAGAGACUGGAUGUCGGAUUCCCAAACCCCGAACAUUCGACGAUAUGGACUCAAUUCUCGGCAAAGACAUGGAGGACGUUUUCUCGGGAGCCAUUGUCUACGAGUGGAUUGAGGAAACGAAUGACUACGGUCUCAUUUCAUACGGGCCCAAGGUCAAUGACAUGACCAACACGGCCGCAUUGGACGGCUACAUUCGUACCGGUACGCCGAUGCCGGUGAGCCCUGACUACAGCAAUUUGAAGGGCCAUUGGGCUACCCUACAUCCCACCGGUGUGGCACUUUCAGCCUACUCAGCCUCGGCGUCCAGCCUCACGCCCAUAGCUUGCCCAUCGUCUACUGUGAAUGGAUGGAUUGUCGACCCCACACAGUCCCUUCCCAGCGUCGGUCAGACUAUUGAUCUGGCAGCUACAUCAACCGGCGGCCUUGGUGGAUCAGCCACAGGCAACGCCAAACCCUCCUCAACUGCGAAGAAGGGUGACGCAGCCGCGAUGCAUACCGGUAACGAGGUCGCAGGUAUGGGCGUAGGAUUGGUUGGGGUAAUGUUGGGGUUCCUCUUCUGGCUGUGA